AUGGAUACCAAUUCCCUCCCAGCGUCCGACUUCAAAGACCUCCUCAACCUCCUGUCAGAGCACAAAGCCAGCUUCAACAACAUCGUCACCUCCAAUAUUCAACACGAAUCCGCACUGCGGGGCCUGAAGCAACAGAGCAACGACAUCGACACGCACUAUGGGAUGGGCACUCGCAUCGGGACAACGCACUGA